CAUAUAGCUACAGUUGUGACAGAAGGAAGGCACGAUGAGUUUCAAAUACACUGUCUUCACCUUGCUUCUAGUAAUGGCAAUCGAAACAUCAAUUGCUAGAAGGCCAUGUAUAGAACAUGAAAAUCAGACUUGCAGCAGACGGAAUAGAAAUUGCCCAAACACAUACAAGUGUGUCGCUCAAGAAGAAAAAUGCUGCCAAUAUGUGCUACCAGAACACUGCGAUACAAUCAUUCAACAAGAAACUAACGCACCAUGGAAAUGCCGCGGAGGGGGCAGUAUAAGGUGCCCAUAUGGAUACAUCUGCAUCACUGACCCUGCCAAUAGAUGGAACAUGUGCUGCAAUAAUACAAUCUGUCAUGAUGAUAUGGGGAAUCAGCGUAGACAAUAUGAUGGUGAAUGGACCCAAUCUGAUGAAUGUACAAAAUGCAUAUGUUUAUCAACGGGCGAAACAGAAUGCGACAGUAGUGCUUGUACUGGGAGUAGAUGUCAACGUUAUGGUGACUAUUCCCCGUUCUCCCCAUGUAAUAACACCAGGUGUGAUAAACAAGUUAAGAUUAGACGCUGCAACAGUGAGCUUAGAAGACGCACAUCUUAUGAUCAACCAUCUUUAAAUGAUGUUGAACUGGAAAUGAAUACAUGCUAUCCCCAGCCCUCAAAUCAAGUCAAAUGUCCAGAGACAGGGGUUGCCCUAACUGAGAGUGUACCUAUUGUUAUAGGGGGACAGGAGGUUAACCCAGAACAUAAUUAUCGUUGGAUGGUUCACCUAGAUCUUCCAGGGGAUUGUCGUUGUGGGGGAUCAAUUCUCAGUCCAAGACAUAUCUUAACAGCAGCACACUGUUUUGAUUGGGUUGAUGGUAGAAACAUAACAAUCAAGACAGGAAAACAUAAAAUAUCUGAUUUGGGAGAGCCUUUAGAACAAACUCGAAAAUAUCAAAAUUUUAAAAUUCAUAAAGAUUAUCGGUUUGGGUCAUAUGAUAAUGACAUUGCAAUUAUUAACAUACAUCCACCUCUAGAAUUCAAUGAUCACACGCAACCAAUAAAUCUUCCCACUAAAAAAUUUAAUGAUAAAACAAUAAAGAAAUUGAGAAAAGGAUUGUGCCAAGUCAUAGGGUGGGGAGAUACAGCAGGAAAGGGAGGAUCAUGUAAUGAAUUCAAAUAUUCAGAUGUCCUUAUGCGGGUUAAAGUUAAUCUUGAGGAAAACUGUAAUUUGCCAAGCCUCUUGAAAGCAAUUGUAACAAGAAAUAUGUUUUGUG